AUGUCUCACUGCCAUGAUGAACAUUCUGGCCACGGCCACGACCACGAUCAUGAGCAUGAUCACUCCGACGACAUCACACCAGCAGUGCAGUUCUCACUCUACAGUCAAAUCAACUUUGAUCAUAUUGUCACUCUGAACGAAGCCCAGCGAGAUGCUGGUCAGACCAUCGUUAAGAAGACGUGGCAAGAGAGACUCAGCGUUGAGCCUGAGCUAGAGAGUGACGUUGAUGAGCAGCUUCUCAUGACAGUGCCAUUCACGGCCCAAAUCAAGCUUCACUCCAUCCUCAUCCGCACAUCCCCCUCAGCCUCAGCCCCCAAAACCCUCCAUCUCUUCAUCAACCGAGACGAUCUCGAUUUUGCAGCCGCCGAGGAGUCAGACCCUAUUCAAACUCUCGAGCUCUCUCAGACAAGCGAUCUGCAAGAGAUUCCCGUGAAGAGAGCCCUGUUUGGAAAGGUGCAGCGGCUGGUGCUCUUCUUUGCGGACAACUUUGGCGACGGUGAUGAGGAUGUUACCCGAAUCUCGUACCUGGGCUUCAAGGGUGAAUGGACUCAACUUGGACGAGCGCCUGCGAAUAUCAUCUACGAGGCUGCUGCUAACCCGGGAGAUCAUAAACUCAAGGGUACGAGUGUGAAUCAGAUGGGGAGCGGUAUUGGAGGGAGGGGUCCUGGAGUUUAG